AUGCUAGACCUUAUCAAAGCCGUUGGGAUUGUCUUCGCUCUGUCUUUCAUCUCCUCCUCCUUCUCCACAUUCGUAAUUCGUGAACGAAAGUGUGGCUUUAUGGCAAUGCAACUGCUAGCCGGACAGAAUCGUGUUGUCUACUGGGGCAUGUCCUAUUUGUGGGACUUCCUCUCCAUCAUCAUCCCCAUCACAAUCAUCGUAAUUGUCUUCAUUAUCUUUAAUGAACAGGCCUACAUUGGGAAAGACCACGUUGGUGCAUUUAUUGUGCUCAUGUUAACCUAUGGACUCGCGAUCACUCCCCUCAUGUAUUGCUUCACAUUUGCCUUUCGCGUUCCAUCAGUGGCGUUUGUUACCCUACUUGCGAUUAACAUUAUUGUGGCCACGGUUACUGCCGUUAUUUUUUACACGCUUGACCUCAUUUCGUAUGAAAAUCCCAAUAUUAAGCCAGUAGUUCAAGUGCUGGAAAAAGUUUUCCUCAUCUUUCCUCAAUUCGCCUUCUGUCGCGGAUUCUACGAGUUGGCCAAGCGCCACACCCUUAAUCAACAAGGCCUGCAACAACUCGUCGGCGCCUAUGGCAUCUUUGGUUGGGGCGUGAUGACGGCGAAACUUGUUGCGCUGCUCAUUGAAGCGGUAGUCUUCUCGGGUCUGGUUCUACUCAUCUCAUACACCAGUGGAGCGAAUACAUGUGAGAAAUGCAAAAAGAGACGUUGGAAGAAGGCGGAAUUAGCCAUGGCAGGCACUCUUGGCGGGGACUCCAAACCAGUAGUCAGUGAAGAUGUCAUGGAGGAGAUCGGACGUGUUGAAAAUUUUCUCUACCAUGGGUCCUCCCUAGACAGGUGUGAUUCAACUUGGAGUAAAUCCACGAAGCUUGAUCCACCUGGCCAACAGUAG